GGGCGGGGGAGGGAGGCGGCAUGGCCAGCGACUUCUACCUGCGCUACUACGUGGGCCACAAGGGCAAGUUUGGCCACGAGUUCCUGGAGUUCGAGUUCCGGCCGGACGGGAAGUUGAGAUACGCCAACAACAGUAAUUACAAAAACGAUGUCAUGAUCAGAAAAGAGGCUUAUGUACACAAGAGUGUGAUGGAGGAACUGAAAAGAAUAAUUGAUGACAGUGAGAUCACAAAAGAAGACGAUGCCCUGUGGCCUCCCCCAGACAGAGUCGGCCGGCAGGAACUGGAGAUCGUCAUUGGCGACGAACACAUUUCCUUCACCACGUCUAAAAUCGGCUCCCUUAUUGACGUGAAUCAGUCCAAGGAUCCCGAAGGCUUACGGGUAUUCUACUACCUGGUUCAGGACCUCAAGUGUUUGGUGUUCAGUCUCAUUGGAUUACACUUCAAGAUCAAGCCCAUUUAGAUUGUUGGCUUCGAAGCUGGGUGUGGGAGGCUUUUAUGUUUAUCAAGAACUUUUUUUUUUUUUUUAACACUCUGUACUUGAACUCAUUUGCUCCCAUGGCGUCAACUACCAUCUCUCUGCAGAUGAUACCCAUAUCUACAUCUCCUCCUCCGACUUCUCUCCAAGCUUGCAUCUGCCACCUGUCAUCUGGGGGUGGGUUCUUUUGGGAAUUGGUGCAGCGAGAGAGAGAAUGGGGACAGAAAGUCUGAGUUUUCAUACAAAUUUUAUUCCUCGAGGUAAACUGAAUUAUUUAAUUAUUUGCAAUGCAGUGAAUUGAACUUCCCUUUUGGGAGGAAUAUACUUAUGUGUUUCUCGCCUGUGGCAAGGCAGAUAUAGAUAUCAUACAUAAGCACUUCCCACCUGGGAAGAAUCCAGUGCCCUUCCAGCCCCACGAGGGUUCAAGCAGGACACUCACCCAUCCCACGCCUCUUCCCUCUGUGUAGGCAGAGCAGGCACCCCACGCUCUGGGCAAGAGGUGACAUGAGGCCAGCUGCUCCAAGUCUCCAUCUGCUACGCAGAAGGUCAGAGGCCACAGGUAUUUGUUACCUGUCCUCUUAGGCCCUUCCAACCUCAGUUUAUCCAAUCUCCACCCUGUGCACCUCCCCCAGUCCAAACGCCUCAUACCUAAUUUAAUUGGCCCAAGGGCGAGGGACCCCUUCAGUGUUCUCUGUAUUCCUGGCUUGGGCUGUCAAUCUAGCAGUUUUGGUAAAGGGCCGGGGGGCAGUCUCCCACCCCCACCUUCCCCAUUUCGCCUCGCUGGCUCGGGCAGUCACGAGAUAACAUUUGACUCUGAGAUGGUGAGUACCCCAUUCACCUUGGGACAUGCCAUCCGGGCCCUCCUGACAACCCUCCGCCCACACACACAAGUUCCAUGGUGGCAGAGCCGCACCGGAAGCCCGGCCUUGUGGUGCUGUCCCUCCCCUGACCACACGGUCCUAUGUUCUUCCCAGGCGCCAAGGAACCAGGAAAGCAGGUCCAUGGGUCGGGGCAGAGGAUGGGCCCUAGCCCAUGGCCAGGGGCAACAGGAGGAGGCACUCUUAAAUCGUGCGAGCAUGAGGUAUCGAGGCAGGGGAGAGUGGUCGAUGGACCACUAUGGUUUUGAGGCACUGUGCACUGAGGUAUAGGGCGGGGGUAGCUGAAGUGCCUGCUGCUUGCAGACGGAGCUGUGCAACAUCUGUACACAGACCAAAUCCCCCCCACCCCCUCCCUCGGGCUAAAAGCAAAAGUCUUUGCAACCCGCAGAAUGGGGAGCUUCCCCAGUUCUCAAAGGCCUCAAAACCAGUCCCAAGCUCCUCCUGCAGCGUGGGCUUCUCAUCUAAACCGCAUGGUACGUUGUCAGAAGCGGUCAUGUCCACGUCUCCAGAAUUGCCCGGAUGAAGGUGCCAAAGGGUGGCAAGAGGCACCGGUCACGGUGAACCAAGUGGUCCUGUGGAAAGAGGUCCCCCUCCCUGAUGUCACAUCUUGGUUAAGACUGAAGACAGGCUCUCCAGGAGGCAGUUCAGCCAUGAUCCCUUUUGCUGGACCCUUCUGGAAAUCAAUGUGUCCCAAAUGGACGAGAACCUAGGAACAUACAAUCCUAACCCCAGAAUUGUGAGGAAGUGAUCAGCAGCAUCAACACAAAUGAUGAAGUUUGAUAUAACACCCUUUUCCCAAUAAUUAAGAAUUUUUUAUUCUUAGAAAUUAUAACAAUUUAACAAUUAUUUCCCAUUAUCAUCCUUCUGUUGCUUUCCAAAUCCUUGGGUUCUGAUACCUAAAGCUUCUCAGUCCCUUAAAAGGAAACAACUGCAAAGACAAAGUAGUCAUCCAGGCCCUUUCCUUUUAUAUAUGUAUGAUACAUAGAAACAUUCAUGUUUCUAGUCCCUUUAGCCAAGCUUUAGUAGAGACAACAUGCAGAACAAAAGACCAAUGUAACAAGCAAGGAUGAACAAAUAAACCCCUUUUUUAAAAGUU